UUUAAACACAAAAAGCUUGUCCAAACAAGAAAAACAAAACUGUCAACAGUAAUCAAAACAACAAUAAAUUCAGUGAAUAUUGAACAAACACCUUAUAAACAGGAAACAGAAAGACAGAAGAAAGAUUUUGAUUGACCAAUGUCACAGUUUAACUUUGAGAAUGAAUUGAAUAGUGUCCUCAGAAUGGAUGCUCCAUUGUCAAAAGGACCAUCAAUUCGAUGGCAACGGAAAGAGGAAUGCAAUGCCUCAGUCAACAGCUCACUGAACAUCAGCACUGCUUCGAAAACACCAAUGAAAAAUGUCAACAGAUCUGUAAAUAAUCCUAAAACACCAUCAACUGGGUCUGGAUCAAAAACACCUAAAUCUCAAGGGAAAUCCAAAACUCCAGCAAAAGCACCAAAGACUCCAAGUGGUGGAGAUAGAUUUAUUCCUAACAGGAAUGCUACACAGUUUGACCUUGGUCAUUUCAAGAUAAUGAAUGAUGGGAAAGGAGAGAAUCCAGAAUUAUUAAGUCCAUCACAGAAAGAGUUCCAGAAAGUGAUGAGUGAAAAUUUGAAUGGAGCUGACAUUAUGAGUAACAAGAUCAUUUCCUACAAAAACAAAGCUCCAAGUGCUCCAGAAGGUUACCAGAACAAUUUAAGAGUGUUGUACAGCUCUUGUAAAUCACCUGUUAGUACAGUCAAGAAGACAACACGAAAUAUACCACAGUUUCCAGAAAGGAUCCUAGACGCUCCUGAUAUAGUUGAUGACUACUACUUGAAUUUAUUAGAUUGGUCAGUAACAAACCAACUAGCAGUGUGCCUUGGUGGCAGUGUGUAUCUAUGGAAUGCUGAAUCAGGAGAUAUAAAUCAAUUAAUGCAGGUGGAAAGUCAAGAAGAUUACAUUGGCGCAGUGUCUUGGGUCAAGGAAGGAAAUUAUUUGGCAUUAGGAACAAGUAGUGGUGAAGUACAGCUAUGGGAUGUUACAGCAGGCAAAAGGCUUCGAAAUAUGCCAGGGCAUGCAUCUAGAGUUGGUUCACUUGCAUGGAACUCAUAUAUACUUAGCAGUGGUUCAAGAAGUGGUAGCAUUCAUCAUCAUGAUGUAAGAGUAGCACAGCACCACAUAGGAACCCUCAACGGUCAUACACAGGAAGUAUGUGGUCUACAGUGGUCACCUGAUGGCAGACAUUUAGCCAGCGGGGGUAAUGAUAACGUACUCAACAUCUGGCCAGCACAUAUUGGUAGUCUUGUGUCAGAGACGUCACCAGUGUAUACAUUUACACAGCAUCAAGCGGCAGUCAAAGCUUUAGCUUGGUGUCCAUGGCAACCAAAUCUGCUAGCCAGUGGAGGAGGCACAGCUGACAGACAUAUACGCUUCUGGAACUGUAGUACUGGUACAUGUGCUCAAAGUGUUGACACAAAGUCACAGGUCUGUGCUUUACUGUGGUCAAAAGAUUAUAAAGAAUUGAUUUCUAGUCAUGGGUUUGCUUUGAAUCAGCUGACAAUAUGGAAGUAUCCAUCACUAACUAAAGUAUCAGAGUUAACAGGUCACACAGCUAGAGUAUUACACAUGGCAAUGUCACCAGAUGGAUCAACAGUUGUGUCAGCAGGAGCUGAUGAAACUUUAAGGUUGUGGAAAUGUUUUGCAGUAGAUGACGACAAGAAGAAAAAACAGCAACAAAAAUCUUCAUCAAAAGACAGUAGUAGAGUUUUAUCAAUGACAUCCAAGAUUAGAUAAUACUGAUUUAUUUUUAAAGACAUUAUCCAGCAGUAAAAUGUGCAAAACACAGACAAUGUGACAUCAAAUAAAAGUUCUUGCCUCAGGGAAUCAUUAAAAUCCAAAGCAGCUGUUUGAAUUGGCAUAAGUUAUAUACUUUGUUUAGAAGUUGGCUACAUGCUAGUCUUAUGGCUGCUUUGUAGAAUGGUAUCAAGCUUUCAGUUACAACCAUUAAUCAUGAUUCAUAAUUAAAUCUUCAUAUAAUCUGUGAGUUGGAUCUGUGGUAACUAAACUGAUCAUAUAUUGAUGGAAUCAGAUAUUUAAUAUUGUUUUAAACAAUAAUUGUGUUAUGACCUUAAUUAUGACUAUAAAACAAAUUAUACUGCAUAUUUUUGAUAAUAAGUAUCAAAUUAAAGGAUCAUGAAAAGGCAGGUGAUGAAAUUAGAAAAAAAGGGGUGUUGUGUUUUUUAUAGCUAAUUAUUAAAUUCUAUUUAGAGUACCUAUUUCUUUUAAACAGACAUGAUAGAAGAAUCAAUACAUGAUUUUGGACAGUUUAAACAAUCAGUAGUCAAUAUUUUUUUAAUCAUUCUGCACUUGUUCAAUGAGUUGUUUUCAUUUCCAUAUUACUUUCUUAAUGCACAUUAUUAGUGCUGAAAUAAAAAUGUCUUUUAGUUGUCUUUUUGAAAUACUACAUAACUAUUUAUUAUUUACUAUAUUUUUAUAUAUAUGUAUCUCUUUAUGUUUAUUUUAUAUUUUCUCUUGAACUAUUUUAAUUCUGUUUAAAUUCAACUUUUAUUUUUAAAGAUGAUUGUAGUUUUACUAUGAAAUUUCAAUUUAUUCAUAUGCCAUCAAAUCAAUGGAUCAUAAAACAUUGCAUGACAUCUGUUUAGUUACAGAAGUAUAAAUUUGUUAUGUUUUCUGGAUAUUUGUUGUGUUAUGGACGAAGUGAAUUCACAGUUUGUUUUGUUACACGAGUGGUGAAUGUGUUUAAAGGCAUUGAAUUGAAGUGGAAUCUUUUACAUUGAGGAAUUUGAUUGGAUCUGUUUGAUGAAAAUAUAUAUAUGAAAAGAAAUCAUAGAAUGCUUGUUAGUUUCACUUUUUGUAUUUUUUAUAUAUUCUUUUUAUUUAAAGUAGACCAUGAACCUUUGUAGGUCAUUUUGUAGGACAUAUAAUACAGAAGCAGACACAAAUAAUAAUGCAUCCAAUUUUAAUUGUAUGAAAUUGAUUUCACAAAAUUUUAACGCAUCCAUCAUUCAAUUUGGAAUUAACAUAAAGGGAAAUGACUAAGAAACACUAUUCCAAAACUAGGGAGAAAAUAUCAGAAAAGUAUUGAAAUGUGAAAUUAUGUGUUUUUAUAUAAAACAUACAAAAAUCAAACGGAAGUAUUUCGAAAAGUCAUGAUGGUACAUUUUUCUUUGUAUAUCAACAUUGACUUUGUGUAAAAUUCAAGAAAGAUUAAUAUGAUCUCCUCUCAGUCUGUAUUGUAUGCCCUUGAGUUAUGGUAGAUAAAAUGUGCAAGAGUUGUUGAUAAAUGAAGUGAGUGGUUGACAAAAUGUAUUGCGAGUGUAUUUGCUUUUUUGUAUAAGAGAUGAAUGUGGUAUGACAUUAAGUUGUAUGAAUUGUUAGUUGCAAUAUUUUGUUAUGAUGUAAAUCUUGUUUAUGAAAUAAAUGAAUACUGAUAA